AUGUAUUUAAUGAUACAAAUAGCACUAUAUUUCUACUCUUAUUUUGCAGAUUGCAAAUCUUUUUCAUUGUCCAUCGAAUAUCAAAUAAUUAAUCCCAAAAGUGGGAUACAGUUUGUUGUACCUAGUACAGAUAACGAACAUAUUAAGAAAUCUUUCCAUGCGUUUACUUGCGGACAUUACAAUUCUUCCCGAUUAUGGUUUCCUUGUAUGGAUAAUUACUGGAACCUUUGUACUUGGAGCCUAUCGUUUAAUGUUGAUGCGACAAUGAUCGCAAUUAGCAAUGGAGAAUUAGUAAAAAAGAUCAUUGACGAUGAUGGAAAAAACGUCACGUUUCAUUAUAAACUUGAUGUGCCAACCGCUGCACCAAAUAUUGGCUUCGCUAUCGGAUAUUUUGAAAUAUUCGUUGAUCCGAAAAUUCCUACAGUAACACAUUUUUGCUUGCCUGGAUUAUUGCCAGUGCUGAAACAUUCCGUUUCUUUAUUUCAUAAAGCAUAUGACCUAUAUCAAAGCAUUCUUAGUGCUCGCUUUCCUUUUAAAUCUUAUAAGCAAGUAUUUGUUAACGAAAGCUACAACAACUGCAGUACUUAUUCAUCGCUGUCAAUUUUAAAUACUGGCUUACUUCAUUCCGCGCGUAUAAUUGAACAACAUCAUCUGUCUCAGCACGUAAUGGCCAUUGCAUUAGCUCAACAGUAUUUUGGUUGUUUUGUAGGAAUUGAAACAUGGAAUGAUUGGUGGCUUACGGCUGGAAUCUCUGGUUAUCUAUCUGCAAUCUUUAUCAAGCGUAGAUUUGGAACUAGUGAAUACAAACACUAUAUUCAUAAAGAAAUGGAGGCUCUCUCGGAAUACGAAUUUGCUGGACCGCCUCUACCACCUCUUCAUGUUGACGAAACUUUAACCCAAGUUCAUACGGAUAUUUCGGUUGCUUAUACUAACCAGCAGGAUCGUAUUCCAAUCAAUUACCAUCCUUGCUUUACUUUCCCGACUCAAUUAGAAAUGUUUGAACGACGAUCACAAUUAAUUAUGAGAAUGAUAGAAAUUAGAAUUGGUCAGGAAUCGUUAUUACAGGCAUUCAAUAAAUUGCUUACUCUAGCCAAUACUGGUGCAAAGCAUCAUUCGCAUUCUAGUCAAUGGGGAAAUCUCUUAAUUUCUACCAAACAUUUCCUGAAAACGAUACACUUAGUAUCCGGAAAAGACAUCAAAGAAUUUAUCAAUCAAUGGGUAUGUCGCUCAGGUUUACCGCACUUUAAGGGAUCCUUCAGCUUUAACAGAAAAAGAAAUACGCUUGAAUUGGAGCUAACAGAAAAGCAGGAUAAAAGCCAGUUUGGCUUUUAUGUGGGGCCGUUAACUAUUUGUGUUCAAGAAGUAGAUGGGUCUUAUACUCAUACCCUUCAAAUUGAAGAAUCUACAUAUCAUUAUGAUAUUUCUUGUCAUUCCAAAAGCAAAAAAAAUAAAAAGAAGAAGAUACCUUUAAGCAAUGGAGACGAGACUGAAAUUAACUUUAGUAGUGCAGAUUCCGAUUCUCCAGUACUAUGGGUUCGCAUCGACCCAGAUAUGCAUUGGCUAAGAAAAGUAACAUUUGAUCAGCCCGAUUAUAUGUGGCAGUAUCAAAUGAAAUACGAGCGUGAUUCUCUUGCCCAAUAUUUGGCAGUAAAAGCAUUGGCAAAGUAUGUGUCCGCUGAUUCCGUCUGCUGUUUAACUGAAAUAAUAAACGAUAGACAUAUUUAUUAUCGCAUACGAGUAGCUGCAAUAAAGGCGUUGGCCAAGGUCACUGGAGAAUGGGCUUUACAACGUUGCUCUAUUGCUACAAGUCUCUUUAAUAUCUAUAGAAAAAUGUUUGGAUCACGCUCCUGUCAGACUAUCCCUCGAUACAAUGAUUUCUCAUAUAUGAUCGGUUAUUUUAUUCAGAAAGCUAUACCUAAAGCGUUAGGUUCUAUUCGCAACUCACAUGGUAAUUGCCCACGAGAAAUACUGGACUUUAUAAUUGAUUUAAUUAAGUACAAUGAUAACUCUCAAAAUGAGUACUCAGACAACUACUAUAUGAGUAGUCUAAUUGAUGCCUUGACCAGCGCUAUCAGUCCAGCUACAACCAUAACUGGAAUCAGUGAAUCUAAUUAUACAUUAUCGGAAGAAUCAAAGAUCAUAUUACAAGAGGUAACUCAUGCUUUGAAUUACGAGAAAAUUCUGGCUUCACAUCGGAAUUGUAUAAGCGUGAGUUGCAUCAAAAAUAUUAGAAUGUUACAAAAAAAAGGACACAUCCCUCCAAGAGCGGAUGUCUUCAGAAUGUAUGCCAGAUAUGGCUUCUUUCAAGAUAUUAGAGAAGCUGCCAUUGAUCAACUGGCUGAUUUUAUCAAAGUGGAAUCUAGUGUCGCUGAUUUACGAUGGAUUUUUAGUUUAAUUGAAAAAGAUCCCGUUCCGUUUAUGAGGCAUUAUGCAUUGCAAGCCAUCAUCAGGAGUGCACCAUUUUCAAAUUUGAAAAGGACUACCUCUGCUUUAAAUAAUAUUGAAUUAAUAGAGCGAUUAUGGACUCUUAUUGGCUUUGAUACCAAACAUGACUGCAGGCUGCGAUGUGAUGCUAUGGAGCUCUAUACUGAAUUAUAUGGUAGAUCGACCCCAGAUUGUAUACCACCUAUACUAAAUAGUGUAAGUUUAAGACAAUUCGAAUCCUUACAAUAA